UGUUUUAUUAAACGGGUAUGUCGGAUCAUCGGGGCGUAGGAGUGAAUCUUGAUUUGGUGUUUCAACGGUAUUUACAAUAAGCACAGUAAUGUUUUAAUUCUCCUCAUAGUCUUAAAAAUUGAAAAGUCUUUCGAAUUGAAACGUGCGCCAUAUGCCAUUAGUUCAGUUGAAAGUGUGCAGGUGGAUAAACUAAUACUAGAUGAACGGAUUAAGAAUUAAGAUGCUGCACGUCCCAUGGCUGAUGGUUUUUCAGCUCGUCAUUAUAGCAACUGUGGCUUCUUACGUUCACUUGCAGAGCGCCGCUCUACAGCGUGAGAGGUAUAUCCGAGAGGUAAAUAUGCCGGAAGUCGCCGAGGAGGCUGCGUUGGACCGUACCAAGAGACAGACGACCGGAUACACGGACAGGUUUUACGCGACCCAGUGCGGCUACGAGAUCAAGGCGAAACCGGAAGGACCUAGCAUUGAGGUGCUUGGUGUCGGACUGCAGUACCCGGACGCCACAUUGAAGGCAGCAAAGUUGGUCCAUUUAAUGGUCCGCUUCAUGUCUCGGUCAGUAUUUCUGCGUCUCGCCAAUCAAAGCGCUGUAGGGCUUUUUUCAGUUCAGGCGUUACCGGCCAAUGUGUUCAACGAGUUCAAACUAAACAUGCCUCUAGAGUGCGCAGCCAACUGCCGUGUGAUAACAUUCUCGAACGGUUCCACGUACGACUGUUCGGGGUGGUGUACGAGCCCCGAGUAUCCCUACAAUAGCCCCUCGUACCCUAUCAACUACUUGUGGGCGUACGGUAACAUGUCCCGGGCAUUCGUUGUGGAAACUAAUGUCGUCUGCCAGGGAUUCAAUCCGUCAGGAGGGACUGAAAACUACCUCAUUCGGGAGUUUGGUCUGAACAUCGUGACACGCGCCCUGGAUGACGACAUCAUGUCCAACCUUGACCUUGCGUACCAAGAUUCUGUGGCGCAAGAAAGAUACAAGGACUUGAAGAACGUGUACGACUACUUUGCAAAAGGAACAUUGGCUUGGUUUAAUGGCGUGAUAAGGAAUGAUUUAGGCGGAGUCGCCUGUUCGUCGAACCCAGGGGUGGCUGGUUCGAAUCUCUGCGAAACCGGAUAUGACCAGCGGAACUAUAUCAAGCAAAAGGAUGCCAAACUGUACAAGGUGUUAAACCACGUGUAUAACAGCGACCGCGGAUAUCUUGCUGCUGGGGCGUCGACAUGUAUCUGGUGACACGCCAUCAACGAAGAUGAUACGUUACGCCUAGCAUGAUGUAGAAUGUGUAGUAUUCUUGUGUAAGCUUGCCCAUACACGUAACGUAUAUAAAGUAAUUGAGUACAAAGUAGAAAGAAGUAAUUUGAAGAUUUGAAGGUCUACACAUUUUUGUAGAAUUAGUAUUUCGCGUUUCACUCGGGGUUUCGUGAUUCCGUUCGUACUCAGCCUUUACCUAGAGUUCAGGCAUAAGACAAAGUGGAGCUCAUAUAAAUAGUUGUAUACUCAACUGACAUGGAACUGGUAAACAGUUUCAAAAGCUGCUGAGGUAUGGUAUAUUGACAGGUCAAAUAAAAAUGUGGUAGAUCUAUAUUAUAAUAUACUUCAAAAUGACCUCCUCGAGAGUUGAAACUCGAUUUCAAACUUGUUUGUAGAGAUGCUCAACUUAACUACAACCGAUUAUUGCGCAUGUAUGAUGUAAAUAUCAUAUACUUUUUACAAAAGUUAUUUGAUUUAGAGUUUGGUAGAUUUGUGAUUUAUUCGUGUAUGUAAAUGUGUAAUAGUAGGAUAUUUGAUAAUUAAUUUUACAUGAACGUGAACCCAUUAUGUGUUUCCAUUAGUCUGGAGGACAAAGUCGAAAUAAAUUAUAUACAAAACGUG